AAAAUUUUGACACCCUCUUGUGCCACAAAAUUAUUACCGGACUAAUAAAUAGUCCCGAACUCUUGGGCAUGAUAGAUUUUAAUGUUCCUCCUAGGACAAUAAGAGGCCAGAAGUCAUUCAAACUUGCUCAACACUCUCCCCUAAAUAAUAUGAUGAAAAAUGCAAACAAAUUUCAGGGCGAUAUUUUUCAUAUAUCCCUUGAUUUCCUUAAUAAAUAACUUUUAUAUAUGUUA